AUGAACACGCCGCCGGGUUCCCAGGGUCGUCUGAAUUCAUCAUCGGGAAAUGCCUCUCAGGGAUCUCAAGGAACUCAAGCGGGAAAUGGGACUGGUCCUCGUGCUUUCCAAUUUGGAACGUUUGAUGAGCGGCAGCAACACAAACUUUUUGCUGGAGCCAGAAACGAUGUCAUAACCUUCGGAUCUGCUAAGCAAGAGGAUGAUUGGUUUAGCAAAAGAUAA